CUAGAACAUGAAAUAAGUCCGCAGGCGGCCGGCGUUUAGCAUGCAGAGGGAUCCGCUUAUUGUUGGGAGCAUCGUCGGCGACAUCGUCGACUACUUCGACGCAUCAGCACGGAUGAGGGUGCUAUACCACAACCGCGAGAUCACCAUCGGUUCCGAGCUGAGGCCGUCGCAUCUGACGAACCAGCCGACGGUCCAGAUCACAGGACUAGCCGGAUCACUCUACACACUCGUGAUGGUCGACCCUGAUGCACCUAGCCCAAGCGACCCUUCUGAGAGGGAAUACCUCCACUGGUUGGUCACAGAUAUACCAGAACGAGGUGACGUCACCCUUGGAAACGAGGUGGUGACCUAUGAGAGCCCGCGACCAUCGGCCGGGAUCCACCGCUUUGCCUUCGUGGUGUUCCGCCAGACAGUGCGGCAGACAAUCUAUGCACCGGGUUGGCGUGCUAACUUCAACACAAGGGACUUCGCAGCAUUCUACAACCUGAACGCACCGGUUGUAGCAGCCUACUUUAACUGCCAAAGGGAGGGCAGCUGCGGUGGCCGGAGGUACCGGUGAACCUAACUAAGUAGUACGUAAAUGGCAAACGGUGUUUCAUCUGAAGAAAAGGGAGGUCACAUGCGCGAUUGUUCAAUCUAUAUAUAUCAGACAAAAUAAAUUGGGUUAAUUGGAUAGAUGCCACUCCAAUUUCCGCCUAUUUGAGAAACGCCACUACAACUUGCAACUUUGAAGAAAUGUCACUGCAAUUCGAUGUACCUUUGAUUGAUGCCAUUACAGCCACUUUAGCUCACAUACUGGCCAUUAUACACUUGUAUUUCCAUGGAAUAUACAUAUACAUGGUGGGGCCCUCCAGAAUCUAUAUAUGAAAACCCAUGACCUGAUUUUUGUUGACCGAA